AUGGACCCAUCCGCCGCAACCCCACAGCAGUCUGCAGCUGGAACAACACCCGCCUCGGGUGCCACUACUCCGGCCGCAACUACUCCCACCGCAACCACGACCAAUAACACCACAGCACCAGCACUCGCUGCCGAGCCUGUCCCCAUGGAGGAUGUUGUCUCGACCAAUGCCGUGACAGCAGAGGCAAUCGCACGUCAAAACCAAACAGUGGUCGAGGAGUUUCAAUACCUGCUGGAAAAGAGCCAACAAUUCUUUGCUGGCUUGAGAGAACUACCUCCAACUGGCGCAAAGCAGUGGCAGCCCUACUUUCAAAAGACGUUCGAGAUCUUUUCCAAGCUAUGGAAAUUUCAACAACAGCACCGGUUUGUGUUGGAGAACAGCUACGGAUUGAAAAGAUGGGAGGUCGGUGAGAUCGCCUCCAAGAUUGGACAGCUCUACUACCACUACUAUUUGCGAACGAGCGAGACAAACUACCUGCAGGAAUCCUAUGUCUUUUAUGAUGCCAUCCGUGAGAGACGCUACUUCCACGAAAUUUCCGAGAUGAAAAAUUCUGCCCUCAUGAUCAAGAAGCUUCGCUACUACGCCCGUUUCACAGUUGUUUGUCUUCUCCUCAACAACCGUGAGAUCAUCACAACGCUGAAGGAGGAGCUCGCAUCACUGGUCAAGGAAUACAUCGACAUCUACCGACCACCAGACGCAGCAGAAUGGCAACUCGUACUUCAGGAAGUCUCGACUUUUACCAAUGCGGAGAAGAAACUGCACCCCACCAACUCAUCAGGAAACUGCUUGCCACUGACAAGGCGCCUUCAGACAAGCAAAGUCAUCUCUACUGCCCUGGACAAGGAUGGCCCCACAUCGACCAAGCUCAAGCUGCAGGAGGCAAUUCUUGUUGGCAACGCUCACAACCAGAUCAAGUUUUCAGAGCUGACGAUCGACAUGUACCGCAUUCUCCAAUCUCUUGAGCGCGAGACUUCUUUGAUCAAGGGAGCAACAGAUGGAGCAGCCAAGGAAGCCGUGCCAAGUGCAGUAGCAGUUGCUGCCAGUGGAGUGAAUGCGGCAGACAGCAGUGUCAGCGCCACUAUCAAAGAAGAGCCAGCAGAGGAGACUAUCGGCACCCAGCGCAGGACUACAGAGAAAUCGCCAAAACGGUCAAAUCCGCACAAGUAUCUCCUCUACCGACCAACUCUCAGCCAACUCAUGGUCUACCUCGCCACCGCAUUCAAGGAGGUUUCGAGUGACUCGGCUAUGUUGAUUUACCUUUCUGCGGAUGGUUCUAAGCGGUCAAACCCUGAUACUUCAGGCGCCAAAGGAUAUCACGGGGGUAUUCUGACCAACGCUCGUAAGGUUUUGGAAGGCUCGGACGCAGAGCAGCAGAGCAUCAGCCACUGUCUUCACCCAGGAGAUCUGGUCCCGUUCACAAGAAAACCCAUGUUCCUGAUUGUCGAUAGCAGCAACAGCGUGGCGUUCGCUGAUAUGCCACGUGUGUUUAAUCACCCUUUCAUGAGCCUUUUGUCACCCACAGAGUACCCUGAUUCUAUUCCAGACACAUCUCAAAUUGGAGGACUCUUUACCUUGUUCUUGCACGCUCCUCUGCUUGCCUUCAGUUUCAUUUGCGGGAUCGCUCAAAUCAGUCCAGACACAUGGGAACAGUGCACUGGCUUGAUCACACAGGCAGAAGGAAAGAUCGCCGAACUUAUGGCUGCCGCACCAUUGGAAAAACCAUUGCGACGAUUCCUGCAGGAUGAAUUCUUGCGCCAGUUCAUGAUCCGCUUCGCGUUGUGCCACACCAUCCUCAACGCGCAUAUCGCAUUUACGGAACCCAAGCAUUUGCCCACGUCCUACCCACCGCUGCCUGCCUCGGUGCUCGAGUCGCCUGAAGUCCUGUCCAAGAUCAGGUCGCUUGCAGUACUUGCAAACGCGUCCUGCUUCUCAUUCGAGGAGCCUGUCCGAACUGAGACGCCUGUUGAGUAA